CUUCAACUCUCCAUCACAUCCUGUGUGGGUCUUUUCUUUCUUGUCCCAACAGAAGCACACUAACGAUCAAAAAAAAGUCUCCAGAGCCUCAGUAUGUGUGUACUUGACAAGCACAAAAGAGCUGACCGCUAUGAAUGGAGGACCAGUUCAUUAUGGUCAGCCAUGUCGCUUCUGAUGUUCUUCCUUUCGGGACUUGCUGUGCUUCAGAGAAUCUGAAACGACAGGUCUCUGAAAUAUUUCUCAGACUUGUCCUAGACUGCUCUCCGGGAAAAUCUGGUUACUUGCAGUUUAAGAGUCAGCAAAGCCCCUCCACGUCCUUAAGAGCCCCGGAACUGCAUUUCUUAACGCUCCUCCAGGAGCCUCCAGCUUUUUUCCGUAAGGUCCGCGCGCCCUGCAUUGUGAGGCGAGGCAGGCAGCGGCGUGGGAACUACAUUACCCAGAAGACACUGCGGGGGCAGGGCAGCGAGUGUAGCCAUUGGUCUAGCAGAGAGACGACUAAUGAGGUCUCAAUUGUGUGGGCGGGACUUCUGGCGGCGCCCUCAUGGUUGCGUUAGCAUGGCUGCCUAGGGAUCUGUUGACUGAUUUAGAGGGUCCCAGAGCUCUGGGUCGGGACUUAGGUGAAAGAGCGGAAAAACGCGAGAAGCGGUGUUCCUUCUACACAGAGGCUAGAGUGCGGAUCGGCUGAGUCGGCUGCAGGCGCCCCUGCCUCCGUCAGCGUCCAGGUGACCGCCGUUCCCGCCCCGCUCUUCCCUGGCUGGACUGGAGGAGGCCGCGCCGAUGAACCUGACCCAGGUCUGACAUUGCGUUCUGGAGACUAAACCAGUGGAUUAAUGGAAAAGCAAACAAAAUGUCCACCCGAGGAUGGUAGAGGAAGUCCCGCCCUGACGUUGGUGAGGACCAACGGAAACGCCUAUUUCCUGGGUUUUCAUUGGCCCAGAGCCGCCAAGUUUCCUGGGUAAUGUAGUUCCCACGGCACCAACACUAGUAAGCGGCGUCUCGCUUCACCUCUAGGUCAAAAGCCCAGAGAAGACCGCCAGGGGCGCGUGGAAAUGGUGUCCCUUCGUCUCCAAGGCCCAGACGGAGCUUAGCUUCCUCUUGAAGGAGCCAUAUCUGUAUUUCUGGUGAACGUCGUGUUUGACAUCAAAGGAAUGUUUAGAGACAUGAUUUCAGCCUUCCUUACGCAGAGAAUGCUCAUCAAAAAAUAAAAUGGACACACCAUACACUGACGUCACUCAGAUUUCUAUGGCUGGAAGUUAACAAAUAUUGUUUUCAAAUGCGUGUAGCCUGAUGCUCCAGAGUUAGUUUGGCGAGCCUCAGCAUUUUCUGUCAGGCACAAGAAAGAAAAGACUCCAGACACCAUGAUGUGGAACAUGGAGUGGGGAUGUUUGGUGGCCUUGAAGUAAGUGAAUAACGCUUCUGUCUCUUACCUCAGAAAAUAUUUCUCCUGCUUAUACAGCAAUGAUUGUGUCAAACCCAACAAGUAAUACUCUUGUUCAAGAUAGUAUUUCAUACUCCAUAUACAGAGAUGUAUUCAAUAUUUUAAGUGUUUUACAAGUGUCUGAAAAGACAGAAUUCAUCAAAUGUCAUAUGGCAAUGAAAAGGGCAACAUGAACACUUUCUGUAAAGAAGAAAUAACCACCAAACUAGAUUUCUAUACACAACAAAAUGUCUUUUAUGGAAGUGUGAUAUAAAACUAUUUGAAACCAAAAAUGAUAAAUGUAAUGGAAAUACAUUUACACAAAAAAUAAUGUUUAAAAUAAUACUCAAGGCCAAAGAAAGUUGAUCCCAGGUGAAAAGUCUGCAAUGAGAGAAGAAAUGAAGAUGAAAAGAAGUGCAUCUUUUGAUUAAAAUGACAGCUUAUUACAGUGUAAAACAUAAGUAGAUACACUUAUUGAGUUAGAAUGAUGGAAUUCCCGUGCGUAACCUCAACUACAUAUAAAUUGAAAGGAGGCUAGUUGCUCAAAGUUUUAAAUCUUUUAUAUUUCCAAGUGGAAAGUAAAUGUAUUACAAUCCUGUAUGGCACGCUAAUGUGUUAAACGUUUGUAAUUUUUAGCCUAAAUAUAAUAAAUACAGUCAGCGUAUAUACUUUUCAAACUAGAAGAGGAAAUGUUUGGAAUAUAAAUAAAUAAUCAAUAGAAAGGUAAAAUAAUGGUAAAAUAAGUGGAACAAGUGAGGCAAAGAAAAGCACAAUGUAGGAUAUAUUUAAACUGUCAACCUAAAUAACAGAUUCUUCAAAGAUGUUGAGUUCAUUCAGGAAUGCACAGGGGAUUUGCAAAUCCAGGACAUGCAGGCUGUAGGGACUAUAAGCAUAUCCAGAGAGCUUGAAACAAGGAGAAGCUUUCAAAGGCAAAAGGGAAAAGUAUAUAUAAUUUGUUUUGAGAUAAAAAGAACAUUGGUCACAGAUGUUUAUGGCAGAGGUUAACACCAGUUCAUUAGUGGAGACAAUCUGUCAGGCAAGUGUUCUACUAAAUCUAGAGCUGUCCUUGUAACUCCUAUAGCAAGCUGCAGUUUGUGAAGUUCUUGUCAAAACUUCUUUUAACGGGAAUAUGUGCAUUAAGAGCCCUCAGAGACAGUAAUAGCUCUUAUCUUAAGCGUGUGUGAGUGCCCUCUUUUCUCAGCCUCCUGGCUUUAUUUAUUUAUUUACUUAUUUAUUUAUUUUACACAAGUCACUCAUUUUGAUUUUGACAACUUUUGCAAAACCUAAAUGACUAUGCAAUAAAUACUCAAAUAAGCAGUUAGUAAUUUUUGAUGGACCAAAACACGCUUCACGAGGUAUUCUCUUUUCUUCAGUGAAUUUCCACAGAAUUUGAAUUGUGAUUGAAAGCACAACUAACAUUCCCAGACUCCCUACUCUGUCAGUAAGAAAAGAAUCAUGUUGUAGUUAGAAACGUCCAGAAUCUGCUUUAGAGAAACCAAGACCUACGCUUGAAGGUUACCAGGCCCUUGACUCACCCAGCUGGGCUGAGAUGUCAUCAGGGAACUGCAUAUCAUCAACAUCUUCUGAUUCAGUUUCCAGGUAGAAUGUGGACUUGGCAAAUUCUACAAAACCAGACCAAUAUUUUCAAGGCUUGACCUGGGAGGAGAGAAUGGUGUAUUUGGGUGGUAUGAGCAGAGGAAAAAACUUUUUCUCAGUAUUUUCAGUCAUUUUCUGGUGAGUCAGUGUUCAGCAGAGCAAGGACAUCCAGCAUUAUCUCCAUCUCCAUCUCCAUCUCCAUCAUCAUCUCCAUCUCCGUCUCCAUCUCCAUGUCCAUCUCCAUCAUCAUCUAUCAUCUCCAAUCUCCAUCUCCGAAGUUAGGCCCACUUCCUGGAAGUUUGGAGCCAUGGGAACUACAUUGCCCAAAAGGUGCAGCGCCGCGAGGCGGCGAUCCCUGACCAAUGAAAAGAGGUCUGCCCGAGCGUGCGACACGCAAUGGGCGGGACUUCCGGCGUCUCCCUUUGGUGUUCACUUUCGCGACUCUCAGGUGAACUAGCCUGCGCUGAGGCGACCGGCGGCGGAAGGCACGGUGGCGACGCACGCUGUUCUCGCCGCCCACAGGCGGGUCUGAGGCUCGGUGGCGGCGCCCAGGGUGGCCCGGGCCCUCUCCUCGGUCAUUGUCUCCCCUCCAGCUCUACUCACAGGCUCCGAUGGCGGCGGCCGCCCUGAGGGACCCCGCUCAGGUUCCUGUGGCUGCAGAGUUGCUUACAUACCAUGAGGAGCAGGGCUAUGUGACCUUUGAGGACGUGGCUGUCUACUUCUCCCAGGAGGAAUGGAGAUUGCUUGAUGAUGCUCAGAGGCUCCUCUACUGCAAUGUGAUGCUGGAGAACUUUACACUUCUGGCCUCUCUGGGACUUGCAUCUUCUAAGACCCAUGAAAUAACCCAGCUGGAGUCAUGGGAGGAGCCCUUCAUGCCUGCUUGGGAAGUUGUGACUUCAGCCAUAGCGAGAGGUUGUUGGCAUGGAGCCGAGGCUGAGGAGGCUCCUGAGCAGAUUGCUUCUGUAGGACUGCUCAGUUCAAACGUUCAGCAACAUCAGAAGCAGCACUGUGGAGAGAAACCCUUAAAAAGACAAGAGGGCAGGGUCCCAGUUUUGAGGAGUUGCAAAGUUCACCUAUCAGAGAAGUCCUUGCAAAGCAGGGAGGUUGGGAAGGCCCUCCUGAUCAGCUCAGGUGUUCUCAAGCACCAGGUGACUCACACAGGAGAGAAGUCACAUAGGAGCUCCAAAAGUAGGGAGGUCUUUCAUGCUGGAAAAAGGCAUUACAAAUGCAGUGAAUGUGGGAAAGCCUUUGGUCAGAAAUAUUUACUUGUUCAGCACCAGAGACUACAUGCUGGGAAAAAGACAUAUGAAUGCAGUGAAUGUGGGAAGUUAUUUAGAGAUAUGUCCAACCUUUUUAUACACCAAAUAGUUCACACUGGAGAAAGGCCUUAUGGGUGUAGUGAUUGUGGAAAAUCCUUUAGCCGUAAUGCUCACCUCAUUGAACACCAGAGAGUUCACACUGGAGAAAAGCCUUUUACAUGCAGUGAAUGUGGAAAAGCUUUCAGGCAUAAUUCCACACUUGUUCAGCAUCACAAAAUCCACACUGGAGUAAGGCCUUAUGAGUGCUGUGAAUGUGGGAAAUUGUUUAGUUUCAACUCCAGCCUCAUGAAACAUCGGAGAGUUCACACUGGAGAAAGACCUUAUAAGUGCAGUGAAUGUGGAAAAUUCUAUAGCCACAAGUCCAACCUUAUCAAACAUUGGCGUGUUCACACUGGAGAAAGGCCUUACAAGUGCAGCGACUGUGGGAAAUUUUUUACCCAAUGCUCAAGCCUCAUGCAACAUCAAAAAGUUCACACUGGAGAAAAGCCUUUUAAGUGCAAUGAAUGUGGGAGAUUCUUUAGAGAGAAUUCCACCCUUGUUAGACAUCAGAGGGUUCACACUGGAGCAAAGCCUUAUGAGUGCAGGGAAUGUGGGAAAUUUUUUAGCCAAAGCUCAACCCUCAUGCAACAUCGAAAAGUUCACAUUGGAGAAAAGCCUUUUAAGUGCAAUGAAUGUGGGAGAUUGUUUAGAGGGAAUUCCAGCCUUGUUAAACAUCAGAGGGUUCACACUGGAGCAAAGCCUUAUGAGUGCAGGGAAUGUGGGAAGUUUUUUCGCCACAACUCCAGUCUUUUUAAACAUCAAAGGAUUCACACUGGAGAAAUGCAGUGAUUGUGUGAAAUCCUUUAGCCAGCGUUUCAACCUCAUUCAACACCAGAAAGCUCACAAUGGAAAAAAUCUUGAAGGUAACAGAUGGAAAUCCGUUAGCCACACCUCCAGUCUCAUUCAACACUGGACAGUUUACAAUGUGGACAAUGUAGUGAAUAUGGAAAAAGGUUUCAGCCAAAGGCCUAACCCUAUUCAACACCAGAAAGUUUAGACUGGAGAAAGGCCUUAGGGUGGCAGGUUAUGUACUGUCUCUGAAUCAAUAUGACCUCACUUAAUACAGAAACUCUGAGGAUGGCCUUUAUGAGGGAGCUGGCAAUUGAACAUCAUUCAUCUAAAUAUGCACACUGGAGGCAAGAUGAGAAUUCCUGACAGAUUGUCCCUCCUGAGAAGACAUCCCUCUGCCUUGGAGCUCCAGAGAGAGGGAGCCCUGUAUUCUUGGCUGUACCCGUCGAAUGGAGUUUUGAUCUCACUGAGUUUGGAGUUGGGGGAGGAAAGGAGUGGUCUUGGUUCAGAUGUGACUCACUUUUGCUGUUCUUGUGAAUGUUAGAUCUUCUUUAAUAAAUAUUUAUUUGCCGUACACCCUUA